AGAGAAGGGUUUGCUGGGGCUGAACAUUUUUGUGAAAUGGAAGAAGAUGAUCAUUCUGCGUUGUUAUUUCAUGAUCAGUAUUAUUAUCAGAUGAAUUCAUGAUCAGUAUUAUUAUCAGAUGAACAACAACAACACGUGUGAUUCACGUGCAUUCGUCGCGGCGUCGGAGGAGCCUACGUUUUCUCGGCCGACGGCUGAGAUAAUUUGUUCUUCACAUGGGAUGCACACGAGCUUUUCGCCGCCGUCGAUUAAUAAUAAUAUUCCUGAAAAGAGAAAGCCAACUCCGACCACGGCGCAUGCACAAGAUCACGUCCUCGCCGAGAGGAAACGCCGGGAGAAACUCAGCCAGCGAUUCAUCGCUCUUUCUGCCCUUUUACCCGGCCUUAAGAAGAUGGACAAAGCCUCGGUUCUUGGAGAUGCAAUAAAGUACAUAAAACAAGUAGAAGAAAGAGUGAGAGUGCUGGAGGAAAAGGCAAAGAAGAGAAGCAUUGAAUCUGCCAUUUUGGUUAACAAAUCCCAUUUAUAUAAUGACUGUGAUGAGGAAAUUAGUAGGUUUUCCGACCAAAAACAGCUGCCGGAAAUCGAGGCAAGAAUCUCAGACGACAAGAAUAAUGUUCUUGUUCGAAUCCACUGUGAGAAAAAUGAGGGUUUGUUCGCAAAGUUAUUGGGGGAAAUGGAGAAGAUGAAUCUCACCAUCGUUAAUGCCAAUUUCUUCCCCUUUGGCACUUCAACUCAAUAUAUGGUUCUUGUCGCUCAGGUACCUCUUUCUCUCUCUCUCAUUCCAAUUUUUUCUUCCUUAAAUAAUAAAUAUUUCGAACAAAACCUUCAUUCUUUCAUAACAUUUUUCUUUCUGAUUCUGAAUUAUAUGUGUCUCACUACCAAACUUAAAAAGAUGGUUUUCGAAGAAAUGCUUUGAAUUAUCUGAAAUUGGGCUAAAAUUUUGAAAUUGUUUUAAGAAGGGUGAAAAUUUAAUUAAACCAAUAAUGAAAUAUGGAUACAUAGAAAGUAGUUUUUGAACUUAGAUUCUAAAAAUAGAAAAAAAAGAAAUAAAAUAAAAAAUAAAAAUUAAGUGGGUAACCAUCAUGACAGCUCAUCCGUUCAAAUUGGCAACGUGUAGAGAGAAUGAGUUCAAAUCCCACUUAUCCAAUAAAAUUAGUCGUGGUGUGCAUGCAAGACACCCACGUAGUCUAGAAUUGAAAUGGUUUUAUCCAAAUAUGCAGUACAUGAAUGUAACGAUCUACAAUUUGCUUUAUUCAAAAUUUUUUGUUGUUGUUUUUCUCAUGACAUUUGAUUUCAAUCCGAUUAAAUCUGCCAUCAUUCCAAUAUAAAACUGUUCUGUUCAGAUUUCCGAUGUAAAAUUAUUAUCCAAAUUAAGUCUAAAAUUGAGAUUGUUUUAUCUCAUGAAUAUACGACAUGCAUGAAUAUGUAACGACGUGUGACAUAUUCUGAAUGCAGAUAGAUUCAGAGUUGAAGAUCAAAUCAAAAGAGGUAGUACAAAAGUUAGAAGAUGCACUAUUCAAGUUCAUAUAAUUAAGUAGUCCAUCUAA